AUGACCAAAAAAAAAAGGAGAAACAACGGUCAUGCCAAAAAGGGCCAUGGCCAUGUGCAGCCAAUUUGCUGCACUAACUGUGCCCGGUGCAUGCCCAAGGACAAGGCCAUUGAGAAGUUCGUCAUCCGGAACAUCGUAGAGGCCACUGCCAUCAGGGACAUAUCCGAAGCAAGUGUCUUUGACGCUUAUGUGCUCCCCAAACGUUAUGUGCAUUACCGUGUGAGCUGUGCUAGUCAUAGCAAGGUGGUCAGGAAACGAUCUCGAGAAGCUCGGAAGGACCGAACACCCCCACCACGAUUUAGGCCUGCUGGUCCUGCACCACAACCUCCACCAAAGUCCAUGUAA